AUGAACUUUUUCAGUCUCUUUGGUACAAGUGCUAAUAAAACUGCUAAAAUUCCUAGUUUUGAACAGGGAGUGGGUCAUGAUUCGGCGGAUUUGCAAGUAAAAUCGUUGUUGUAUGUUUUUAAGAGGUUGAGGCUUAACAAGCUUUCGUCGUUUCUAGGAAAUGAUAGUACAAUCAAUAGCUUUAAAUACGUUGAUGGUGACAAGAAGAUAAUUAAUAACUCGGAAGUAGAUAGCUAUUUUCAGAAGUUAGAUGCAAUGUAUAAUGUCGAAAAAUUCAAGCAGGUAAUGAUCAAUGACGAAUACAGAGUCACGAUUGAUUUUACUAAAAACAAAUUCAGAUCGUUUUGUAUUCUUUCGGAAUAUCCUAGCAAGAGUACAUUAUCACCCCAAGAGAUAGGAAGUAGUGAAUUCCCUGGAUUCAAGGACUACAAAGAUAGAGAUGUAAAGCAUUUUAAGUUUUCUAUUCUACCUUUACAAAAUACUUCGAUUGCAUUCAUCGCUAACACACUAUCAACAUCAGAUAUAUAUGCUGAACAUCACCAUAAAAUAGAUUUUAAUUUGCGUUAUCAGUAUGCUAUGGAUUCCAUUAGCAAAGUUCUAAAUAUGGAGAAAAAAGUUCCUGAUAUAGACUCCUCAAUAUCUAUUUCAGAGACUGAAAAAGCAACCAUAAUUCAAUACUACCUUAAAAGAGUGGCCUUUUUUGUCCAGUUGAACCGUAUUUAUGAGGAAUACUUAAAGCACCAUGCACUGAAAGGUUCUCCGACUAAAGUGUCCGUUCCUGCAUCACCAUCUAAAUCAGUAUCAAGUUUACUGCAGUCAUAUAUAUCCUCCAACUCCAAACUCACGAAUUCGAUAUCAAAUCUAUCAUUAGCACCAUCUCCUCCCAAGUUGUCACCAAGGAAGUCGAUGGUUGACCUUAAUAAAAGUAGAUCGUCAUCACCUACAAGGACAUUGAAAAGUAAGCCAUCAGUAGCAAAAAUGAAGAUGGAUCAGCUAUUUAAUAAUUCUAUAAACACUGCUGCUACCCAAACUCACCAACUGGCUAAUAAUACUUUUGAUUCUUCUAAAUCAGAUACAAGCUCAACAACAUUUAGCAAAGACAUUUCUUUAUCUUCACCCAAGAAGCUACCUGAAGUUCCAUCAGAAAUAAAGCUGGAUAUUUGGGAAAAGUGUAAAGUAGCGGUCAGAGAUAAAAUAGAACAAGAGAGAAAGAAAAUAUCCAGCAUAUCCUCAGGCAAUAGUCUGCAUGAGUAG